GAGGCGAUGCGCGGGAAAACCUAGCGUCAGUCGAUCGCAGAAAGAGCGUGCGCGCGGUCGCAACCACGCUGGAACUUUUAGGUUAGGAUUGGUGCGUCGGAGCCGCCAGGUGUCAUUCACUCCCCCGCUCUAACGCACGGCGCGGCGUAUAGGCGGUCUCGCGCGCCCUACCUGCCCACAACAGCUGUUUUCUCUCGGGAGAUUAGUCAGAUGUUUCUCGGCGACCAGUCGGAGCUCACCUGACGCAACACAAACAUGGCAGCGGGAGGACGUACACCGAAACAGAGGAGAUUCGAGAUGUCCGCCGGCAUGGCGACGCUGAGGAACUUGUCCAACACGCCGAGAAGACGACGCGGCAGUUGCAAGUGUCUGUUCGGCGCGCCGGACAGGGACGAGACGCGACGGCUGAUGGCCGAGCAGUACGCGCGCGAUCGGAAGCGGUUCAUAAGGCGGUUCAAUUUCGACAUCGACACUGAAUGUUACAAGACGGCAAAAAUGGACUCGCCGGUGAAGUUUUGUGAUGAGGAUAAGGAGAAUUCUGAGAGUCCAAUGAGGACAGCUGCGGAGGCGCUGGCAUGUGUGGAGAACACGGACCUGCGGGUGCUGGGCUCACCGUCGCGGCGCGCGGCCAGCAACCACAGCUCACCGCGGACCCCGAGGACGCCGCGGACUCCGCGCGCCUCGCGCACGCCUCGCACGCCGCGCACUCCCGCCUCCAGGAGGCAGUUGCAAAUGACAGAUUACUGGACACUACGGAAACACGCAGAUUCGUCGUCGAGCGACAAGGAGAAUUAAUGAAAAUAAUUUAACAUUAGUUUAAUGUAAAACGCGACAUGUUGGUAUAUAAAAUCGUUUGAUUUAAAUUAUUAACAAAGAUAUAUAACGUAUUUAUAUAAGUAGAUACUAAUGGAAAAUGCCUAUUCCUGAUUUUUAUAACAAAAUUAUCUAUUGCAUACUUUUGGCGUGUAAAGAGGCUAAAAUUUGUCUAAAUUUUACACUAAGUUCGCUAUGGUGGAUUUUUUUGGUUUACAAUCACAAGCAUGGUUUAAAUGCAAAUACCAUGUUAAAUUAUGUGAUUAAUAUAUAUCUUUAAUUUAAAUUGUCAAUUUGAACGCUAUCAAAAUAGCUAUCAGCAAUAAGUAAAUAAGUAAGAUUCACAUAAGCUGAACAAAUUUCAAAUCUCCUAGGCGGUAAAUUUCAUUGAAACAUUUUUGUUUUCUUUGCGCAAAGUAAAUUCAUUUAUGAUAAUAUUUGUGAAGAGAAAAAAAAAUGUUGGUAAGAACACUAAAUAUAUAAACGAUUUGAAGUUUCGAAUUUUUGAGCUACUUGUGUAGCAAGCAUAAUACACUACAGGGAAAAGAUUUCGACCUGUCAUGGUUAAUUUUGGUGGUCAGUGUGCUUUUGACAUUACCAUCUUGUGAAUGUGAGCUGUCAAAAAUGACAUUUCAAAUUAGCGUUGUAACAUAAGGGUGCGAUUCCAAAGGACUCGCUUAGGUUAAACGGACUCACGUCCAAAAAUAUUGUGCUUAUUGCCACGCGUUAAUUUAUAAUAAGGAACUUUUAUUUAAUUGUACACAACUAGAAGCCAAAUGUAAUAAACUGCAUUUCACUAUGGAAUAGAUUUUAGACUAAAUCUUUAUGGAAAUUAAAAUCCUGUUGAUUUUUUUUACGAAUAUAAAGUAGAUGCAAAUUAUAAAUUACAAAUAAAAAUGGUAGCUAUUUAAACUUAAAUUUAAUUCCAGUCAUGUGAAAUCAUGUACGUUUUUAGUAUCGCUAUAAAAUUAAUAGAUACUAACUUUUGACAUUUAUUAAAUCAGAUUCCAAAAACAUUUUUUUAAUGAACUUAUCCUUUUUUUAUUAAGGCAUGCUUUAAGUGUAUGCUCAUUGAGAUUUUUUCUAAACGACUCAAAAUUCAUUUUUAAAACAUUUUUCAAUCUAGUCUGUGAUCUCCGCAAUAAUUGUUCUUGUCUCCACAAACUGGGGAAGCUUCCUAUUAUUCUGUCCUUUAGAUGUAAUUUAUUAAGUGCUAAUAUUUAGUUUAGAUUUGUAAAUAUAAUUUGCCAGGAACGUAGUUAGGGUUUAGGACAUGAAUCAAAUUUUGGCACAUAAAUACAAAGUAAAACCGAGAAAUUUAAUAGGAUUAGUUUGAUUGUAUCAUGCCAUAUCGAACCUAAGCCACUAUUCAAUUGCAUGUUUGUCUAAUUUAGAUUAUCAUUUACUCGAAGACAAAAAUGUUAAGCAAAUGCUCACAAUGUCAUUUUAAUUAUUUUACUGUUUCAAUCAAUCAAUAUGCUUUGUUGUAGCGCCUACUUAUUCUCUGCUAUGGACCUGCAUUUCGGUGCCUGGAAAUUGUAAGAUAAGGUCAAAUUAACAAUGGUCAGUCAGCAAUUCGAUUUACAAUUUGUAAAAAGUACACAUUGUAAAUGAAUGGCUUUCGUUUACGUAUUGAGGUGGGGAAACAAUAUUUGUACUAAAAUUAUUAUGCGUGUACAAAGAUUUUGUGAAAAUUUGUGUAUUGUAAUAAAAAUAAUUAAACUAUA